AUGUCUCUGUCAACACCUUCGCCUCCCUCGCCUGUCAAUGGCAUAGAGAAACCAAAAUCCCCUGAGGAAGAUGGUACUGCUACUGAAGAAAAAGCCGAGGAUGCUCCGCAACCACCACCUGUUUCUUACCCGAAGGGUAUCGAAGCCUUUUUCAUCAUGCUUGCCCUCAUUCUCAGUAUCACCCUCGUAAGUUCUCCUGCUCCAAGUUUCUCCACAGAGUCGUCUUUUGCCAGUCCGUCACACACCAGUAAACUGACUUUCUCGUUCCAGACCAUUGUUGCAACCGCUAUUCCCAAGAUCACCGACCAAUUCCACCGGCUCGAUGAUAUCUCGUGGUACGCCUCGGCGUAUUUCAUGACGCUCGGAGCGUUCCAGUCGCAGUGGGGCAAAGUGUAUAAAUACUUUCCCCUCAAAACCAGUUACUUGGUGGCCAUCUUCAUCUUUGAACUGGGGAGUCUGGUUUGCGCUGUUGCUCGAAACUCCAUGACUCUGAUUGUUGGCCGUGCAAUCUCCGGCCUUGGUGCCUCGGGCAUCGCGCCUGGGGUAUACACGAUCUCUGCCUUUGCUGCCGAGCCCACGAAAAGAGCCACCUAUACGGGGGUCAUUGGUGUGUCGUAUGGUGUCGCCGCUGUCGCUGGGCCCCUCAUUGGCGGAGGGCUUACAAACGCGGCCUCCUGGAGGUGGUGCUUUUUUAUCAAUCUUCCAAUCGGCGGUCUAGCCGCCUUUGUCAUCCUGCUCACCUUCAAGAACCCUCAAGCCGCCAAGGUGAUCGAUGCUACGCUCAAGGAGAAGCUUCUACAAAUGGACUUCUUGGGGACGGUGCUGGUAAUGGGCGCAUCCCUCUGCCUGCUUUUGGCACUUCAGUAUGCCGGUGUAAGCCAUGCGUGGAAUUCCAGCAUUGUCAUCGGUCUACUAGUCGGCUUUGUUGCAUUGAUGAUUGCACUCGUCAUACUAGAAACAUGGCAAGGCGAACGCGCCAUGCUAACCCCACGGCUUGUGCGCAAACGGACCGUCUGGGUCAACGCGGUAUACGGCUUCUUCUUCGCGGGCGCGUAUUUCGUCACGCUCUAUUUUCUGCCCAUCUAUUUCCAAAGUAUCGACAACGUCAGUCCGAUUGGCUCGGGCGUGCGCAACAUUCCUCUCAUUGUCCUGUUCAGCAUUGCCACAUACGGCUCGGGCGUAGCCAUUACGAAGACGGGUAUUGCAGCGCCUUAUCUGACCGUUGGCUCCGCGAUCAUCACCAUCGCCGCUGGGCUGCUGUUUACUCUCGACGUCGGGACCUCGACAGGCAAGUGGGUUGGGUACCAGAUCUUGGCGGGCUUCGGAUACGGCCUCGCCCUCCAAGUCCCAGUCAUUGUCGCGCAGGCUUUUGCGGAGCCAGCCGAUAUCGCUCCCACGACUGCAAUCAUUAUAUUCGCUCGAUCUCUCGGGGGCACAUUCAUGCUCGCAGCCGCGCAAUCCGGCUUCGUCAACCAGCUCGUCCACAGGCUUGCCACCACCGCGCCGGGCGUCAGUCCCGCCCUUGUCACGGGGACCGGUGCCACGGAGCUGCACCAGGUGUUUUCCGGAGCCGAGCUGGACGGCGUUAUCCGUGCGUACGCAUGGGGUAUCAAGGUUGCCUUUGCAAUCACUAUCGCGGCCUGCGGCAUCACUUUCCCUGUCAGUCUGUUAAGCAAGUGGGAUAAUGUGAACGCGAAGAAACAACCCGCUAAGGGCGGUGCUUGA